UGAUUUGGCAGAUCGCGAUUUUUCAGCAAGUCUCCCCCGAUUUCUUGCUUCCACUGGCCGUACCGCCGCCGUAGCAGCUGCCUCCGCCUCCGCGCCCGGCGCGAUGCGGCCGUGACGCCGCCGGGCCCGGGGGGAGCGUGUGGAGCCGCGCGUCGCUCGCCGGCAGCGGCAGGGAGGCAUUUGUGGCCAGUCAGGCCCCCAUCUACAUGAAUCAGGCUCCUCCACAUAUGUCUAGACCAUCUAUUAUUCUCAAGCUCAUUUUGGGGCUGAUCUGGGGCAUCAUCCACUUGGCAAUCAGCCUUUUUAAUAUAUGGUCUCUUCUGAUUUAUAAUCUAGAAUGCUAUAUUAUUUCGUCUGGGUUGUUGCGGAAGUAUCGGUACCUCCACCUGGAUCGACUGAAGUACUUGGCUAUUGUGGUGGAUAGCAAAGAAGCUAAAAAUACCGUGAAGAUCAGGCAGCUAUUGUGCUGGCUCUCAACUAUGGGUGUGAAGUAUAUAUGUCUCUACGACAUUGAGGGAGUCCUGAAGAAAUCAUUUGAACCGGCUAUGAAGGGUUCAAGAGAUGGGAAGGCAGGAGAAUAUUUGGGUAUUAGUGCAAGCAUUUCACACUCUGGCCACAAAGAUUUGGUAAUAGAGUGUGUUUCUGGUUCUGAUGGCAAGGAGGGUAUUGCUAAAGCAGCCAGUUUACUUUGCUCAACUUACUUAAAUGGUGAUACUCAUGGAGAUGGCAAAAAGGAGCCAACAUUUACAGAAGCUGACAUGGCCAGUGCGCUGAAAGCUGUAGGUUGUGGUGGACCAGAACCUGAUCUUCUUCUCAUGUAUGGUCCUGCUAGAUGUCAUUUAGGCUUUCCUGCAUGGAGAUUACGGUAUACUGAAAUUAUGCAUAUGGGACCACUAAAAUCAAUGAAAUACGGUGCCAUUGUGAAAGCUUUAUAUAACUUUUCGAAGAAAUACCAAAAUUAUGGUAAAUGAGAGUUGGUACUGUUGUAACGAAGACCAGUAGCAGUUUAAUCCCUCCACCUUUUUUCUGCUGCUGAGUAUACUACUAAGUUCAUCGCCACACCCUCACUUUGUAUUUCCCUUGUACAAGAUCGGAAGUGUCACUGACAGAAUAUACGGGAUCAGAUCCCUUUGUAAAAGUCGCAUCAACAGUACUGAUUAAUGAACCUGCCCUCGAGCACACGAGCGAAUUUAAAUCGAGAUUGAUAUUGUUUGUUCCUGCCUGUCUGCCCUGGAUCUGUAUGCUGAACUGCCGACACCAUGUACUCAUGUACUAGUGUUUUGUGAGAUUUCCAUUUGACUUCUACGACCUGCGAGCUACGAAUUCUACUGAUGGCAAAUUGGCAAUCUCUCA